GCUGCGUCCGUCAUGGCGGUGGGCGGGGCCUUGUGAGCUCGGUGCGGCGCUGGGCUCUGAGGGAUGGCGGCGACCGCGCUCGUUCUCCUGCUGUGCGGUGACCGCGGCCGCUCGGGGAGCUGUGUCCCACACCGCGGUGCUUUUGAUGUACUGCUCUGUAAUGCCGUCAGAGUACGAAGCAGAACAGCAUCCAUUUCCAGACAUCCCUGAAUCAGCGCAGAAAUCUAUGAGUUGGGAAGCAGGAAUGUUGCAGCCAUUCUGUACAGAACAGUUUUACUCAUCCCCUGCAGCUGAUGCAGUUGUCCAACAGUUGCUUCCCACACCUGAGGCAGCCCCCCUUCCAGAAGCACCUGAUCCAAAAACGUGUUCUCCUCAAGCAUAUUUAGAGUACUACAUAUUUCCAGUACUCUUACCCGGAAUGACUGAACUUCUGCAUGAAGCAAAGAAGGAAAAGUGCUUUGAGAGAAAAAGGACCAAAUUUAUUGCCUGUGAUUUCCUAACGGAGUGGUUAUACAACCACAAUCCAAGGAGGAAAGAUGAGUCAUUCACAGAGUUCUUUUCUAUCCCCUUUGUUCACGACUGGCUAAAGAACCAUCCCAGGCAACCAUUGCCUCUGUCUUUCUUCCUAUCAGAAGAAGAAGCAAGCAUAAUAAUUCAGGCAUUCUGGAGAGGUUAUCGGGUCCGCUGUGAUAGGGAAGUACAGGAGCUGCGUCAGUGGCAAAAGCAGUUGAGAGAUGAAAAAAUCAUUUUUCAAAGAGUAGAAGAGUUCUGGGCUAGGCAGGAAGCCAGAGCUUCCAUCCAAAGCGGAGACCUUUGAAGUUGCUGCUAAAACACAUGGAGGGAAAUACCUUCCUGACCCAGCGCUGUCACACGAGUGCUCUUCUCCUUCAUCCCUGCUCUACAUCCAGCGGAAACAUCAAGACCCAAGGAAAAUAAAGAUAGGUGGAAAUGAAUAAAGAGGUAAAGUGCCUGGACUAUAUAACCAAAGCCUUCUUUUGUGGACUGCCAUCACAGUGUGGCAACCAUUGGCUUGGAUACUAAAGCAGUUUGAGUAGUAUCCAAAUCCUUUCUUCAACCAUGAGGCAUCAGCAGAACACAGCCUUCUCUCCUCAACACCAUCAGGUGAUUUCCACCACUGCUCACAUAAGCAGUCCUGGAUAUUUCCUUAUAUAUGUUUAACCUUCAGCAAUGCUUUGGAUCUCCUGAGCAACCAGUUUGCUGGCCUUUUUGGUACUCAUUCCAACAUUUUCAUUGCAAAUUUUCUUUACAUGUCAUCCCACAUUGUUCUGUGUCAUCCAGUGGCUGUGACAAGGAAAGCAAGUAAGACCUGUCUGUGCAUAUUCUGUUAGCACGUUAAAGUCUUCAGAACAAAGACUGUCUUUGAACUUGUCUAUAUGCCACCUUGCAUCUUUUUUUCUAGUGUCACAAGAGGAGACUGAGUCCUCUUUUAAUGGUAGUAUGAUUAAUAGUAAUUAUUCUGUUGCUGAAGAGACUGAGCCUUUGUAGCAUGAGGAACUCAAUUUAUUUCUUGUUUUGUUUUUUUUUUUUAGGAACAUAUUUCAUACAAAAUGUUAUUAACUAAGAAAGGCAAAAAAUAUUGUACUGUUUUAAAAUAGAA